CCUAUGGGGCAGUUCUACUGUCCUACAAGGGUCGCUAUGAGUCAGAAUCGACGGCAACGGGUAACCAUGGUGCUUUAUAUUUAGUAUCUCAUUUAAUCUUUCCAGCGACCCUAGGAGGUAAGCACUAUGAGUAAUUCUAAUUUUCAGAUGAGAAAACUGAGUCCCAAAGAGGUUAAGAUUUGCCCCAAACCAGUAAGGCUUGAACCUUGGGGCCUGUGCCCUGUCUGCUGACCAAGUCUGCUGUCCUGGCUGUGUCCUGGGGAAAUGAAUGUGAUUGGGGACUGACACUUCAUAGGAGCACUUGAUCAUGCCCCUCUGGAAGCUGCAACUCCAGGCGGGCACCACGGCAGGGGCUGAGCCACCCCCAUGGAAGGGAGAGGACCCUACCGGAUCUACGACCCUGGGGGCGGCGCGCCUCCAGGAGAGGCAUCCGCAGCUUUUGAGCGCCUAGUGGAGGAGAAUUCCCGGCUGAAGGAAAAAAUGCAAGGGAUAAAGAUGUUAGGGGAGCUUUUGGAGGAAUCACAGAUGGAAGCGUCCAGACUCCGGCAGAAGGCAGAGGAGCUGGUCAAGGACAGUGAGCUGCUCCAGCAACCCUCUUCCUCCUUGGCCUCGUUUGAUCACCUGGCUGAGCUCACAGGAAAGGACACAAAUGUCCCAGCACCUCCCGCUGACGGUGCACACCCCAGUGACAAGCCAGAGCCGGUCCCAAAACCUCCAUCCAGUGGCACUUCCUCUGAAUUUGAAGUCGUCCCUGCUGAGGAGCAGAAUUCUCCACCAGAGAGUGGUGGCAGCACCAGGAACACAAUGCAGGAGCUGGGCCCCCUGCCCCGCGAGGACGGCAACCUGAUGCUGCACCUGCAGCGGCUGGAGACCACUCUGAGCGUGUGUGCCGAGGAGCCAGACCACAGCCAGCUCUUCACCCAUCUGGGCCGCAUGGCCCUCGAGUUCAACCGGCUGGCCUCCAAGGUGCACAAGAACGAGCAACGCACCUCCAUCCUGCAGACCCUGUGUGAGCAGCUUCGGAAGGAGAAUGAGGUCCUGAAGGCCAAGCUGGACAAGGGCCUGGAACAAAGGGAUCAGGCCACUGAGAGGCUUCGGGAGGAAAAUAUGGAGCUCAAGAAGUUGUUGAUGAGCAGCAGCAACAAAGAGGGUGCCUCCAGGCAGCCAGACUCCCCAAAGAUGGAAGGCACAGGGAAGAAGGUGACGGCCGGCCAGCAGCAGGUAUGUGGUCAGAAAUUCUUCUCAGCACCCUUGAUGCUGGUACCCAGCCUCUGUUUGUUCACUGUGGGAAGGUUCUGGUUGUGAGAUGGCUUUUCCUUAGCUUGGCCUGACGUCCACCUCCUUGGAGCUUCCACUCCUCA